AAAAUGAGAAUCGUUAUAGUGCUAUUGAUUGGUUUGGUAUUAAGACUUCAUAAUCAUUAAAGGCAUUAAGCAAAUUGGCCACAGAUCCAAAAGUUGUGCUUGCAGAAAUCGACAACAAUCAUAUGGGAAAAACAUUCUUGAAUGCCAUUUAAAUUAGUUUAGCCACAGGAUCACCAGUGCAUGAAAUUCAAAGCUACAUCAAUAACAUCAGGUUCGACCUUGUAUUUAUAAUUAGAUUCAUGUUGGAAUAAGAACAAAAAGACUCUGAUCUUUACAUCUAAAAUACACAAGCCUCAUGCAACAGAUUGCUUCAUGAUUUCUCUACAAAUUUGGCAUAUCAUCAAAGCCAAUUGAAAGCUCAUACUAAAAUCGUGGAUGAGAAUACAAACAAUUUGCAAAGAUCAUUAAACAAAAUUGCUGAGGUUUCUGUUGAAAUCGAAGAGAACUCCAAAAAAACAAAUGCAGGACAGAGCGAAAGAGAUUUACAAUACGCUGAAUUUUAAUCUAAAAUCAAGGAUCACACUGAAGCCAUCUCAGCCAUUGACGAAGCUUACGCUUUGAUUGAGCAUCUUUCAGGAGGAUCUUCAUUCAUUCAAGUCAAAGGAAGAUUUAACAAAGUCUUAUCCAGAUUGCAGAGGUAAGCAAUUAUCAUCACAUUAACAUUAGUCAAUCAACAUCAAGUGGAUUAUUGUUUUAACCCAUUCUAACUAUGAUGACUCAACUCUCAUCUAAGUCUGACUCUGAUACAGCCAAGAAGGUGUUACAACUAUUGGCAAAUUUGAGAGUCCAAAUUGUAGAGAGCAAAUCAAGUGAUGAAGAUAUUGAAAAACAAUAAAGUUUGAACUGGUAAUAGUUCUUGUCCGACUUAACCAAUGAAAGAAACACUUUGUAAUUUCGUUAUUCAUUUCUAGAUCUGAUUAAAGAUAGAAUCUUGAAUAAGCCAUCUUAAAUUACCAAAGCAUCAUCGAGGAAUCCCAAGGCAAGGUUGAGUAUCAUGCUGCUGAAGUGGAGAGAAAUCAAGUAACCUUAAUUUCGUUUACUCUUUCUAGUCCAAUUUAGACGGAUAAGACCAAUGGUGCAGACAAUAACAAGAUAUUUAUUAAAUGGAAACUCAAUCUAGAGUGCAAUUACAGGACUUGAUUUCCAGAAUUUCAGAUCACAUUCAAGAUAAGAUUGUUACUCUUAAGGAAUAUCUUAGAGAAAGACUCUAAUUAAAUUGAGAUUAACAAAAACAUUUAAUAUUAUAUAUA